UGCAGCAACCUUCGCAUCAAAACCGACGCUGCCGUCCGCGCGUCAGAGAUAAUGGCUGAGUCUCGGAGAAUUCAUCUCACCACUCUGAGCUGCGGCGUCGCUUCGUUUAGUUCCAGCUCACCUCAGGCUGCCCUGCGGGGUCCUGCGGGUGUUCAGGAGGACAAGGCGGCCGGGUCAGCGCGGCCGUCUGUCGUCGAGACCGUGCGGCUGGUUGUCGCCUUGUUUGAGCCUGACAAGAAGAGCUUUCCUGAGUUUAACUACUGUGAGCUGGUGGAGAGGAAGCAAACAGAAGAUGAAGUCCCUCUGACCCGACUUGAACUGGAAGAAAAGAGAGAACAGGAUGAAGCUGCUGCCAUCGCCAGAAAGCUGGAGGAAAAAUAUGGUGACAAACGUAAGAAAAAGGACCGCAUUCAGGACCUCGUUGACAUUGGGUUUGGAUAUGACGAUGAUGAUUCUUUCAUCGACAACUCUGAGGCGUAUGACGAGUUUGUGCCGUUCUCCCUUACAACAAAAUUUGGUGGAUUCUACGUGAAUUCAGGCAUGCUGCACUUUCGUCAGACCUCUGACACAGACACCGAUGACUGCUCAACAGAGGAGGGAAUAUUUGAGCCAGCGAAUACAGGCGGUAAACGUAAACUCGAUGAGGAGCAUGAUAAGCCAAAGAAACGGUGCAAAGCUAUCAGGGAGAUGAAGAGCAACUCAAAACUGAGCACUGUGUCCAAAACAGAGGUGGAUGACUUGAAGGUCAUCCACAGAAACAAACAGAAGAAAAAGGCUGCGAAGAUGCUGAGCGUCACCAGCAUGCUGAAAAAGUUUCAGCGAGAGAAGGAAACGGAGCGGCAGAAGGCAAAUCAGAUGCAGUCUGUCGUUCCUGACGCGACCCCAGCCUCCCUGUUCCAGGCAGACGCGGCUGGGGGAGGCGGUUCUGGUCUAACGGACCCGCUCCUCAGUUUGAUCGGCUCCACUAACGACCACGCUCUGAUCCAAGCAGCCAGCACAGUGGACUUUGAUAUAGACUUGGACUCUUUGUUAGAAGUCAGCGAAGAGAAUUUGUCACCAAAAUCUCUUCCUCAAACGGCUGCUGAAACGCAGCUCAUCAAAGCCAGAUCCGAUCUUCAGAUCCAACACGACAUUCAGUCAGAAGCUGAACCCCAACUCUUAACGGGAAAGACCAACCAGCUGCCGAAGCCUCACUCAGAGCAACUUCAGCUGCAGGCAGAAGCCGGUCCUGUGGCACCGUCUCAGAGCGCCCCUCUGCCUGAGGGUCUUCCCUUGGAGCUGGAAGAAAGCGUUAGGACUCUCGUGAUGGCUGCCAAGACAUUGGAGGGGGAGUCAAAACUCAAGUUCUUCAGCCCAGAUAUCAACUCAAUUCUGCUCGAUAUUGAGCUGCAGUGUCAGGAACAGAGCAGCCAGCUUCGCUCAAAGCUCUACAAACACCUGUCCUCCUUCAUGCCCUGCAGCAAAGAUACUCUGAUGAAACGAGUAAAGAAACUGCUCGUCACACACGAAGAGGAACUUCUUGGUGCAGAAGAUCCACUGCAGAAACUUAAUGAGGCCAUUGACAGAUCAAUGCCUGAGCAGAUGGCGCGUUUUCAGGAAAGUUGCCAGGCCUAUGAGCAGGCCAAGUCUUUAAAGGUAACGGAGGAGGAAAACAUGGAGGAGAAAAGUAGCAGAAAAGGUGUUCCAAAGAAGUUGUUCCAGUGGAAUCAGGAGAUCAGGGAUUGCUUGGAUCUCUUUUUGAAAGGGCAAUUGGAGAAAUGUCAAAAUGAGGGGAAAGAAGGGCAGGAACUUGAGGAGUACCUGAAAACUGUGCUUGACAAUGAAGUGAAAUCACUUUGGCCUAAAGGAUGGAUGCCGUUAAGAGUGCUGAUGAGGGAGAGCAGGAAGUUGUCAGGUCUCUUCUCACUGCCAGUAAACAAAGCCAAGAGCUUUCAAGCUGAAAAGCGUCAGUCUUCUGUUGGUGGGGCUUCCAAAGCUACAGAUGGGUGCAGGAGUCUUCAGGGAACCGAAGAACAGAAGUUUGAGUCGGGUGUUUCUGUCUCGUCGCCCUCAAAGGCAGACAAACCUGCAGCCAUCGCCACAUCUGCUCCUGGACGUUCCCUCCUGGAUAUCCUUGCUGAGCAGGCGCUGGCUCUUGAGCAGCCCCAUGCACUUUCCAGGGACUACUUGGCGACGGCUGUUUUCAAGCCCUGGAGCUUUGGGAUGGAAGACAGAAGUCCUCCUCCACCACCCCACUCCAGCCCAAUCAAUUUCCCUGAAAGUCAGGUCGUUUUGCCCCAGCUGUUGCAGGUUGGAGACGGGAGAUCUUUUGGAGCCUCCCAACUCCAAAACGGACAGUAGAGGUAAUUUUCAUAUAAAUGUAAAAUGCCUGAGCCUCCUGUUAAUCUAUAGUAAUUCCUGAGGGUUUAUUGGAGCCCAGUCAAAGCUCUUAAAGAUGAGAUGACAGUUAAAUGGCUUUGCUGUCCUAAAUUGGACAUUAUGCACGUUUGUCCCUGAUCUUCCAGCGCUGUUUCUAAUUUUUCCUUAUUAAAAAUAAAUAAAGCUGCAAAGAAGUUUUAUCCCAGGCUGAAUGUUGAAACCUACUACAGAGCAACGUCAAGCUACAGUUG